AUGUAUGGGCAAACGAGUAAGCGGCAUUCAGGCCAGAUUGUAUAUGAGCCACGACUGAUUCCAUGGCAUGCAGGCAACGGAGGACACGGCGGCAGCAGCUUCGUACCCAUGCUGCCCGAGACUCCAAGCGAGAGAGCAACAGCGCGCAAGCUGCUGUCACGUGGUGGUGUGCGGACCACACGCGAUGCGAAAGAUGUUGUGUUAAAGACUGAUGCUAAGGGCCUCUUUACCUUCUCUGCUGUUGCCCAUGGGGAGCCGUUUAGCUUCACUUUGGAGCUUUUUGGUUCAGUACUGCCAGAGGGAAGUAAAACAAAGACAAAGAUGGGCCUGCGAAACAUAAUCUGUUCAAUCCAGAAAGAAAAGAAAGGUUGGUGGAAGCGCUUGCUGAAGUCAGAGGAAAAGCAUCCAUACAUCAAAGUUGACUGGAACAAAUGGUGUGAUGAGGAUGAAGAGUCCGAGGUCUCUGGGGAUUCAGAUGAUGGCUUUGAUGAGGCAAAUGAAGGAGAUGAAAGUGAUGAUGAUGACAGGAUGCUUUAUCUCCCUGACCUUGAAAAGCUAAGGGGCAAUUGA